AGAGAAUUGGCAAUGAAAUAGGAGAUGAUCCAGUUUUGUGACUUUUUUGCAGUCUCUACUUUUGAGCAAUUGCAUGUAAUGACUUCCAAACGCCAAUACAAGGAGGCAGCUGUACAACUAGAGGCUGUCAACCAACUUUGUAGUCAUUUUGAAGCUUAUAGAGACGUCCCUAAGAUCACUGAGCUAAGGGAGAAAGUUAAGAACAUCAAACAGGUUCUCAAGUCGCACCUGUUCUCUGAUUUUGUGAGGUACUUCAGAUGUUUUUGACUUGCUAUUAGAAUUUGAGUUUAAAUUAUCGUAUCUAAAAUAGCA